GCCAUAGUGACAGAAGCGUCCGCCGGAAGUGAGGAGAAAAGGAGCGCGAUGGCGGACGACGCGAUGAAAACGGAUGUGCAGCUGCCUGUGGCCACAGACCUCAAGAAACCUCGUCCAAAGAAAGCUCCUGAUCUUCCGAUCUUGGAGAGGAGAAACUGGCUUAUACAUCUGCAUUAUAUCCGCAAAGAUUAUGAGACCUGCAAGGCCAUUAUUAAAGAACAGCUGCAUGAAACUCAAGGCAUGUGUGAAUAUGCUGUGUAUGUGCAAGCUCUGAUCAUGCGGUUAGAAGGGAAGAUCCAGCAGUCUCUGGAGUUGUUUCAGAGUUGUGCCAUCCUCAACCCCAAAAGCUCAGACAACCUCAAGCAAGUGGCACGAUCCCUUUUCCUGUUAGGGAAACACAAAGCUGCCAUUGAGGUUUAUAAUGAAGCAGCACGUCUCAAUCAGAAAGACUGGGAAAUCAGCCAUAAUCUGGGUGUUUGCUACAUCUACACCAAAGACUUCAAGAGUGCCGAAGAGCAAUUAAACUUGGCAUUACAGCUGCAUAAACACGAUCUGACCUACAUGAUGCUGGGAAAAAUCCACUUACUGCAGGGCGACACAGAGAAAGCCAUCGACGUCUACAAGAGCGCUGUGGAAUUUUCUCCAGAGAACACCGAGCUGUUGACCACAUUGGGACUGCUGUACAUGCAGCUUGGGAAAUACCAGAAAGCCUUUGAGCACCUUGGAAACUCUCUGACAUAUGACCCCAAUAACUUCAAGGCCAUCCUCGCGGCCGGCAGUAUGAUGCAGACUCACGGAGAUUAUGACGUGGCCAUGAAUAAGUACCGUGUGGCGGCGUACUCUGUCCCUGAGAGCCCGCCGCUCUGGAAUAACAUCGGGAUGUGCUUCUUCGGCAAAAAGAAAUACGUGGCUGCCAUCAGCUGUCUGAAGAGGGCAAACUAUCUGUCUCCGUUUGAUUGGAAGAUCCUGUACAAUCUGGGUUUGGUUCAUCUCACCAUGCAGCAGUACGCAUCAGCUUUCCACUUCCUGAGCGCCGCCAUCAACCUGCGGCCACGCAUGAGCGAACUCUACAUGCUACUGGCCGUCACUCUGACCAAUCUGGACGACGCAGAUAACGGCCGCAGGUCUCACGAGCAGGCGGUUCUGCUGGAUGAGUCAAACCCGCUGGUGAACCUGAACUUUGCGGUGUUCCUGUAUAAUCAGGGCGAUAAGAAGGCCGCCUUGCUGCAGUUUCAGGAGAUGGAGAGAAAAGUCAACGCUCAGGUCGAGAAUAACAGCAACACUGACUUUGACCCAGAGCUGGUAGAAAUGGCUCAGAAACUGGGCACCGCUCUCCAGGCGGGUGAGAACCUGUACUGGAGCAAACUGGGCAAAGACAGCAAGACCAGCCAGCGGUCCUCCUCCAGCAAACCCAGCAGCUCCCAGCAGCCCCUGGGCACCAACCAGGCCCUCGGUCAGGCCAUGUCUUCAGCCGCAGGCUACAGCAAGAGCAUGCAGAUCACCUCAGAGCCCGAGGCGGAUGUGAGCAGCGCCCCAUCUCCCCCUACAGUCACUCCCGGAGAGCCCGAGGAUGAGGAUGAGGAGACGGCCGAACCAGCCAAACUCAAAGAGAAGAAGAGUAAACCGAGAGCAGCGGCUGAAUAGAGCUCUAUCUAUAUCCAAAGCUGAAGGGGUUUAUAACUUAUCAAUGUACAGCGUUUAUAUAGAGGUGAAUUAAAGUGCAAAGUUACAAUCUUUAGAUGUCUGUUUAAAUGGUGCAUUAUAUUAAUGUAGAUGAUUAAUUUGUGUCUUU